GAAGCUCGCUUGACCAACGACGAAUAACAGAGAGCCAAGCAACAGGUGUAUUUACUCCUCCGAGGUCAUUGCAGCAUUUGUGUAAUAUUAUGUGACCAUGUCGCCUUGGCACAAGAAAAAUCAGGAGGUGAAGUACAUAUAUGAUCUGCCAUAUACGGAGAGGAAGCUGCUGUGUAAUAUUCUGGACGUGAAUAAUGUCUGGGAGAAAUUAGGUGGCAAGUACAUGGGCUUCUCGUGGAGUGAUUUGGACGAAUUCCGAAGAGCUGAGCGAUGUGGAGAGUCCCCGACAAACAGGAUGUUGCAGGCAUGGGGCCAGCAGAACCAUACUGUUGCAGACCUCUUCAGCUGCCUGUUGCAGAUGGAACAUUUCCAGGCCAUGGGUGUUCUGAAGCCUUGCAUCCCAGCCAAAUACCAUGUUCUCUUUGAUGAUGCUGAGACGCGGCUGACUGCCAUGUUCGUGGAAGAUAGAUCUGCUAUUAAUGUGGUAACACGACGCUCUGAGGCCAUAGAAAACAGCCGGCACUCCCCAAAUGGAUUUAUGCAUGCUCCUGCUCCUGUGUCCUCUACCCCCUCCUCAGCAAUAGCGCAUGGGUAUGGCAUGCGCAAGCAAGCAGUGGUGAAUCCUCCUCCUCAAGUGCCACAGAUGCAGCAAGUGCGGCAAGAAUCAGGUAUGUCUGCUCUUGGUGCUUGUGCUCUGAGUGGCUCUUUGUCACACAAAUACAAUCCGGAAAACCUUGACCAUGGGAAUUCGCGAAUCAGCCACCAGCCAGCAUCACCCAAAGUCCCAGAGACGUUACUCAACCCCAAGCCAAGUGCCCCUACUCUAGGCAGCAUGCGUCCUGUGGCACCUAUGCACCAGCAGCCCGUGUUGCACAUGGAGAAGAAAAUCAACAACGAUGAAGCCCUUGGCAUUUGGGGAGAAGUAUCCUGCGAUGACAAUAACAAGUCUUUGCCUAAGUACGACUUUGAUCAGGAAUACGCUGACAGAGUUGCAAGGAAACUGGGGUUAGAGGGAAGGGAUCAGAUGAGAACCAACAGUAAUAAUGGCAUCGUGCUGCAUCCCUAGAGGAGGAGAGUCCUUGGCCUCGCAUCGUUCUGGCAAGCAGUCAUACCUCACCCAGCCUUACCUGCAGCUGCGGUUAAUGGAACGAGCGGCUGCGGGAAUCCUAGAAUAAGGAGAAUGUCUUGUACUUCAGAUACUGCAAAUGAGUGUAAUGUACCUGUAAUCCCCUACAAGGAGCUGGAAGAAGCCACCGCUGUCUGGAACACGGAUAACCUCCUUGGUCGCGGUGGCUUUGGAACCGUCUUCAGGGGCACUUGGAAGAACACCCAGGUGGCCAUUAAGAGGAUUGACCCGCAAGGGAAUGUCGCACUAGACAGCAAGCAACUACAUGUUACACAGAGUUUUGAUGAACUAAAACGUCUGCAGUCCUAUCGCCAUGAUAACAUCUUACAGGUUUAUGGCUACUCAGCAGAUCCAGACCAGCCUCUGUGCUUGGUGUAUCAGUAUAUGCCAAAUGGUUCUGUAGAAGACAGACUGCAGUGUAGGAGGAUUGGAGGAAGUCCCACAAAAGCUCUCACAUGGUGGCAGCGGUACAGAAUAGCCUGGUGCACGGCCAGAGGGCUUCAGUAUCUCCACACUGUUAAAGACAAGCCAUUAAUCCAUGGAGAUGUUAAGAGUGCGAACAUCUUAUUGGACCAGAACUACGAAGCAAAAUUAGGAGACUUUGGACUCGCAAGGGAAGGGAAGAGCCAAGUCACAAGUAUGAAGGUGUCACGAGUUCAUGGAACCAAACCCUACCUGCCAGCUGAUUACCUAAGGUCAAAGAAACUAUCAGUUAAAGUGGAUACGUACAGUUACGGCAUCGUGCUCUUCGAAUUGUGCACAGGUUUGAGGGCCUAUGACGAGAAGAGAGAGAGAGGAAAGUUUCUGAAAGAACUGGUGGAUGACACAGCAAAUGAAGAAACUCUACGAGACAGAAAUGCAGGACCAGAGUUAGAUGGAGAAGUUUUUAAGAUGCUCUUCAAGCUUGGAAGGGACUGUGUAAAGUUAAUUUCAACUAAAAGGCCAGACAUGACAACAGUCUUCAAGGAAUUGGAAAGCUUUGGUCAAGUCCUUGACAGGAAUGCUCAAGCAAGAAAAAUAUCCUUAGGGGAAACAAGCUCAGGAGCCACAACACCUUAUAUGCUGCAGAUCUUCCACGACACAGCCGGGUCAAUGCAGUCCCCAUCUGCGUCGCCAUCAACACAGCCUUCCCUUGCGGCUUCAACUGUACCAACUUACCCACCUCCCUCUUCCCCUUCCUUCCUGCCGCCGCACUCACCGGUCCCCUCUGUUGUGCCAGGGAGCUCAGUCAUGCCACACUAUCCACAACAUCCUGCUGUAUUUCCCAAUGGUCCAAUGCUAGUCAACGGAGGAGUCCCUUACCGAAAUCAGUAUCCCCACGCAGGAUCACCAGCCUGGAAGCCAGUAGUUGCAGGUAAUUUGUAUGUGCCUCAGCAUGGUAUGCCUGUCCACAUGCCCCAAAUAAAUGUGAGUCCGCCUAAGAACGACAGCGCAGGGCAGGAUCCACCAAGUUACAGUGAAACCAUAUUGAAGAAUCCGGGUGGUGCUAUGGGAGGGGCGUGUCCUGUGUCUCCACUAUUGCCCCAGGUUUUGGCCCUAGAUAUAAAUGCCAAGUCCUCGGGCAAUACAACCACCAGUUCAGUGUCCUCAGAAAGUGACUAUGGCAGUUCUGAAUCAAGCAUGAUAGCCACCACCACACAGAAUUUGGGUUAUGUAAAUGGCUACUAUAAUGCUGGAGGUGCAGCAGCAGCGCCAGUUAUCCCAACAGUAGUCCACCCGGCAGCCCUUGCCUAUAAUGACAACAACCCGGGAGUUGCAAUAACUCCCUUAAUCACCGAACUAGGUAUGAAGUCAGCUGAACAACCUACUCUGUCUGAGUCUUCCCCCAAAUUGCCAUCUGCUGUUGGGAAGAAAUCAUUCUUAUAGUUUGCAGGAAACUAAUGUUUUACUGUUCAAAUUCAGCACUUAUGCAGUGCUCAUAUCUAGUUUACUAAAGCUUUUUAACAGAUUUUAUUUAUAUAAGAAAUUCUUGAAGUUGCAGAGACAUUAGAAAUUUAAGACAUAGAAGUUUAAAUAAAAAAGUUUUAUUUAUAUAGAUGUUUUAAAAAAUCUUUAUUUUAAACAAUUGAUUUCAGAUGAAUAAUCUGUAAAGCUAAGGGAUUUGUAAGGAAGGUGGAAAGACAACAGAUACUGAGCAGAUACAUGUAUAGUAACUGAUUACCAGUUAUGGCACUGUUUCCUUCCUAUAGUUUAAUACAUACUUCAGCUAUUUUGAUAAAAAAUAUAUACAUAUAUUAAAGCAUGCUACUUUUAUAUGUGCAUUAUUCUUUUACUAAAGCUGACUUGAAUAUUAGAAUGUUAGGUAAUCAGGUAAACAUAUACUCAUACCUGUUACUUUCAUUUACUUUUUUAUGCAUAAUUAGCAUUAAGAAGCAUUAGAAUCUGUCAACCAAACUGCUAAAGCUACCAUAGCCUGCUUGACUACCUAGUUCACCUCGUUAGAAGUUUGAAUCCUGGAAGGGCAGAUGUACAUUCUCUCGUCUUUGCUUUUCAAGCAAUAGCUUGGCUUUCUUUGUCAUGAACUUAUUCAGUUGCAUUGUUAUAAGUCCUAGAUUCAGUCCUGGAGUGAGCUGAAUAAUGUCCUGUCUUUGUGUAUAUUUUUUUUUAGCUGUUCUAAGUAUACAUUAAGGUCAGUUUUAUAUCCAUUAGAAGCAAUUGCUUUUGGAAGCUACGGAGACUUCUUUCUUUAUAGAUUUUGAGAAAUAUGGCGAGUAAUCUUGUUAUUGAAUUAUGUAGAGCAAUUUCUUCAUAUAAUUAUGUAUAGCUGCGUGUAGCUUAUUUACAUUUGUAAUGUAUAGAAAUUGAUGUGUAUUUUAUCCCUUCGUAUAUAAUUUGUUAUACUUUUAUAUAAAUUCAUUUUGUGCAGGUUACGAAAUGCUUUUUUGUAAUAAACUGUUAAAUCAGUCUGCUAGGUUUUGAGAUAAAGGACUUUACCUUUUCUCAUGUUUGAUAAAUGAGCAAUGUUGUAAUGUCAAAAGGUGCUUCCUUGAUUUUUGGUUUGUUUGUUUGUACAGCAGUGGUCACAUGAAAUGGUUUGUUAUGGAAUUAUUUUUUGUUAUAACUGGUAUAAGAUUUAUACUGAAUAGGAUUUUAUUCCUCUGUGAAUCCGUUUACAAAAUCGAAAGAGGAAAUGUGGAACAGUUAGUGGAAAAUAUAAUAGCAAGAAAGGGCUAGGUGAUGUAAUGUGUUGUAGAAGGGGUUGGGGGUAGUACAAAUGCUAUUAAUUUAGGACCUUUGACCUUAUUGCAAUUUUUUUUUUUUUAAUACUUCGUUUUCUCCUCACUUGUUGCCUUUGGUGACAUUCUCAUUCUGCAACUUACAUCAUGCUUGUAUAGUGCGAUGCAAAACAAUAUUGCAUCACAGGAUCUGUUUCUUUGACAUUAAUUUUCACCUAACAUUUGUAAAAGGAAGGGAAUGAUUUAUGAAUAAAUUAUAAUAAACUCUGUUAUAGUUCCUCCAGUUCUACUAAGCAGGUACUUGAGCACCAUUUUCAUCAGAGAAUGAAGAUUGUUGCAACGACUGAUUAUGUUUCUGUAAAGAAGGGUGAUUGAUGUAAUAUUAUGGGUCUGCAGGAGCUGGAGUUGCUAGAUGGGAAAUGAGUGGUCAGAAAGCAUGUAAGAUGGUACUGAAGCACUGUCUGCCAUCCCCCUAAUCUCAACAGCCAUGUUUGGUUAGUGUCUGUUCACUUCCUUGAGUGAAUAUGUAAAAGUAAUUUGCAUUCUCUGAUCUCAAAUGGUUAGUCAUGGUCUUCUGUAACCUCUGCUCAUACAAUAUGUUUGUGCCUUCAUGACCAUUACCAUCUCCUUUCUUUAUAAGGAGAAACGACUUUACUUCACACUUGAAUUAAUCAAGGUAUAACAUCAUUCUGUUUGGUAGAUACCUGGUUUGGAACCAAGUUAUAAACAGAAUUCUGUUUGGUAGAUGAGUCUGACAGUGGUUGGUCACACAAGCAAUGGUGCAGGAUAGUGUUGAACCUGUCUUUAAUCUGUCAGGUGCUUUUGUUGUAUGCCUCUGAUUUUCAUUUCCCAUUCUCAACCACAUUUGUUUUUUAUGAGUGUAGAUAUAUUUGCCUUUAAAAUGCUCAUUAGAUUUAUUGUAGGUUAUUAGUCUGAAAGGUCUGUAAGACCAUAUUGAUUUCACAUCAGUUGUAAGUACAGUAAUAUUUAUACUUAUAGUACCAGUAGACUUUCAAGGAAAAUAUAUCUGCAUCUCUAUCUACUGUACAUCCUUCAACUAUCAUCAGUUAGUUGCACAUUAUUGUAUUAGACAUUUUUCAUUCCAGUGGAUAAUUGUACAAACCAGACAGUAGACAUGAUUUGUGAAUAAGCCUUUACAUUAUACUUGCAUAUGAUGUUAUAUUACAGAAUAGUAUACUCUUUUCUUUUAUAAUUGGUUCAGAAUUUAUAUAAUGACCGGGCCAAUAAUGUGCUUACCUGCCGGAGUCCUAUUAGGUCAAAAAAGUUAUUCAAGUAAAAUGUAUAUGCAUGAGAACUGGGUAAUUUAAGAAUAUUCAUAAAACAUUUUUUGGAAGUUGACAACCAGCAAGGAUUUAUACUUAUUAGCUUAGCAUGUGUAGGAUAAUAACAACUUUACUACAAGAGGGAUCAUGUAUACACCCUUAAAUUAUUCUAAGAAUGCAGUAGUAGUAGUUUUGUUUGGAAAUCUGUUCCUUUUCUGGAGUUUAUUGGACUUUAAGGUAUUUUAUAAACCAAAAUAUAACUUUUAGGGAUUUGUGUUUUGUUAUGAGACAAAAGUAUUCAAACAUUUUCUGUGAUACAGACAUGAAAGUCAAGUAUGUCAUAUUCUUUUAUAAAAAAUUGUCAGAUAGCUUUAGAAUUCAUCGGUGUGUUUUGCUUUCUGCACAAUUCUUCAAAGUUGGGUCUCGCAAAACUGAAAUUAUUGCUCAUUUGUUUUCUUUUGUAAUAUUCGAGAAAAUAUAUUUGUAAGUGCCAAAUAAUAAACCUAUAUUGUUACUGUGUAUACAUAAUUUGGCUAAAAUAAAAUGACUAUAUGAA